AUGUACAGAACGCUAGCCUCUACACUCCGUGCCCUGCGCCGUCGCUUGUUCUCCUCCUCUGUAAUCGCCAUGUCUUGCCCAUACAAACAGCCCCAACACAAACUCACCAUGAUCCCCGGACCAAUCGAGUUCUCGGACGAGGUGUUGUAUGCCAUGCUGACUCCGUCGCAGGCACACACGUCGCCAGAGUUUGUGGCCACUUUCCAGAGUGUGUUGUCCAACUUGCGUAAGUUGUUCCAGUCCACUGACAAAGCUGCGCAGCCAUACGUCCUUGCUGGCUCUGGAACCUUGGGAUGGGACGUGGCUGCUGCCAAUCUUGUCCAGAAGGAUGACAAGGUGCUCGUGUUGCUGACAGGUUUUUUCUCCGACUCGUUUGCGGACUGUUUGCGUGUAUAUGAUGUCAAUGUAGAUGUUCUCACCGCGCCAAUUGGUGAUGUGGUGCCAUUGGCCGACAUCGAGAAGCAAUUGAAGGCCGAGUCUUACAAGGCUAUCACAAUUACUCAUGUUGAUACUUCCACCUCUGUUGUGUCGGAUGUAGAGGCCAUUGCCGCCGUGGUCAAGAAGGUCAGCCCCGAAACGCUCAUUUUUGUUGACGGUGUGUGCUCCAUUGGUGUGGAGGACUUGAAAUUUGACGACUGGGGAAUCGACUUUGCCUUGACUGCCUCGCAGAAGGCCAUCGGUGUCCCCGCUGGCUUGUCCAUUUUCUUCGCUUCCGCAAGAGCCGUGGAGAAGGCUUUGGCUAGACAAAAGGAUUCCACAUUUUUCGCUUCGCUCAAGCGCUGGACCCCCAUCAUGAAGGCUUACGAGUCCGGCUCCGGUGCAUACUUUGCCACUCCAGCCGUGCAGGCUAUCACUGCCUUGAAGGUUUCUUUGGACGAGAUCGUCUCCGAAGGCUUGUCCGCUAGAUUGGCCAAGCAAGAGGAAACCUCGACCAAGUUCAAGAAGGAUAUGGAGCUGUUGGGCUUGCGCAUCUUGCCUGUCAACCACUCUGUUGCAGCACAUGGCCUUACUGCUGUCUACUUCCCUGAGAAUGUCAACGGCGGUGACUUGUUGGCCAAGUUGGCCUCCAAGGGCUUCACUGUUGCCGGUGGUAUCCACAAAGCCUUGGUUGGAAAGUACUUCCGUGUGGGACACAUGGGCUACUCUGUUUACGCCGGCCACGUUGACUUGGUCAGCAAGGCCAUCAAGGAGUCUGUUGAAGAGUUGAGCCAGUAA